CUCAGUUUAUUUUCUCCAGCCUUUCGCAUAAAGCCUUUCGAAUAAAAUUAAUUUUUUGUUCGUUUUCGUUUUUGUUUAAAUAUAAUCGUAAGCAGACUUCUUUAGAUUACCAUGUUUGAGUUUCCUCAGUGUGUAUCAGAAAGCUCGCUGCUAUCAACCCAGAAUGAGGGCAAGAGUGUCAUUUUAGAGGCCAAUGCUAAAGAGAAAUUAGUAUCUUUGGGAGGAACAGUGGAAGCUUCUCCGACAGGUGAAUUGCGUGUGAAAGGAUUGUCAUCGAAAAGUUCUCCUGCAAAGAAACGUAAAACCAAUGCUUUACCAAUGGAUGCAACGAGGUACAAAAUGUGGUUGGAGCAUCGCCAUCGCUUGCUAGACGUUGUCAGUGAUCUGGACAAUAAACCGCCCGGGCUUCAAGCAGUGCGCAAGACAGGAGUGAAUUCAUUAACCGAAAACGCGGUCAGUUUUAUGGCGAGGACCAGGGAGAACAUUCAAAUGCUAGUCGGCAUAAAUCAGACCCAGCGGACACAUGGGACCAUCAAUCCCUUUCGCGGUGAGCAACCUUAUGUUAUGUCUGCGGUGCCCGGAAAUAUCAGUAAUCUGGAGCGCUUGGAGACUGAAAACAAAGAAUUUGGCAAGCGAAUUUUGGAUGUGACCAGCGAAGUCGACUCUGGAUUGAAACCUGAUGGUCAGCACGAUAACCAACAAGAAGCGCCCGCUCCAUUUGUCUUGCCGGAUGAGGCGCUGAUCAAGUACAAACCUUUCAACAUUUCAAUACCAUCAGAGGAUAAGGAGCGUCGUCAAUUGUUUCGUCCGCGCAUUUACUUUGAUAUUGGUCUCAAGGAUGUGCGUCCACUCGGUCGCAUCGUAAUCCAACUGUACACAGAGGCAGCUCCUGUCGUCGUGCUGCACUUGGUGCGAGCCUGCAUCUGCGGCAUGAACAACAGCUUCCAGGUCAAACGUUUGUUUCCCAAUCUGUGGCUAGAGAUUGAAAUGCCUUUGGAGAAUAACUCGCCUUUGCAGCGAACCUUGGAGUACGAUGGCAAGACUAUCGAUCAUGGUGCCUCCAGUUGUGUGCUCUCUUUCAGCAAGAAUUAUGUACAUGGCUUCCGUGACCACCUGUCCUUCUCCCUCUCGUUUAAGCCCCUCAAUGUUGCCAAUGGGUCUCGCGUUGGCUUCGGUCGUGUAAUCAAAAAUGGCAAGAUCUUUGACUGCCUACAGAGUUAUGGAACUAAGAAUGGCACUCUUAGUCGUGCUGUCAUCUUCACCAGCUGUGGUGUGCUUUAAAUUUCAGAUUGUGCAAAUUAUCGUGUAUUAAAGAAGUGUUUACGAAUUGCA